AUGGCAGCAUUCUCCAAGCAGCACCUCGAGGAGGAGGGCCUCAUUGUUGGUCAAGAGACUCGCAAGCAAGGUCAAUCCAACAAGAAAUGGAUUGCAUUGACCGCCAUGUCCGUGCUCGGCCUUUUCGCCCUGGCGGUGUACUUCGUGCCCGCUAUUCAGUGCAACUCUGCCUCGCAUGUCCCAGCCCAGUCUGAGCUGCCCGUGGUUGCUACCCUUGACGACAAGUCCAAGAGAUCUUUCCAGCACGGUAACAACGGUGGUCACAACAAGCCCAAGCCUGUCUGCAACACUGUUGAGACCGGUUAUCAGUGCAACACCGAGAUCUCGCGCAAGUGGGGUCAGUACUCGCCUUACUACUCCGUUGUCGAGAAGAAGGGCAUCAAAGAUGAGGUCCCCCGUGGUUGCCACAUCACCUUUGUCCAGACGAUCUCCCGCCAUGGUGCUCGUUUCGCAUCUGCCAAGAAGAGCAAGUCCUAUGCUGCGCUCAUGGAGGUCAUCCAGGCCAACGCUACUGCUUACAAGGGCAACACCGCAUUCCUCCGCGACUACAAGUACAUCAUGGGUGGUGAUGAUCUUGUGCCCUUCGGUAUCAACCAGAUGAUUAACCAGGGUACCAAGUUCUACAACCGUUAUGCCGACUUGGUUCGCAAGUCUGUGCCCUUCAUUCGCUCCUCUGACUCCGAGCGUGUUGUCGCUUCCGGAGUCGACUUCAUUCAGGGCUUCCAGAAGGCCAAGUCACAGGAUAAGCGUGCCAACCGCAAGCUUCCCAGCCCCAAGACCAAUGUCAUCAUCUCUGAGGAGGCUGGUGCUAACAACACCCUGAACCACAACACCUGCCCCAAGUUCGAGGAGGAUACCCUCGGCGAUGAGGUUGAGGAAGAGUACAUGGAUCUCUUCGUUCCCCCCAUCCGCGCCCGUCUCCAGGCCAACCUCCCCGGCGUCACUUUCACAAACCUCGAUGUUGUCAGCCUGAUGGAUCUUUGCCCCUUCGAGACCGUCGCUCUGACCGAGGAUGGCUCCGAGCUCUCUCCCUUCUGCGACCUCUUCACUUCCGCCGAGUGGAGCCAGUACGACUACCUCCAGACCCUGAGCAAGUACUACGGCUACGGCUCCGGCAACUCCCUCGGUGCCACCCAGGGUGUUGGCUUCGUCAACGAGCUGAUCGCUCGUCUCACCAAGACCCCCGUCGUCGACAGCACCAGCACCAACACCACUCUGGAUGCCCCCGGCGCCGCCACAUUCCCCCUCAACUACAGCAUGUACGCCGACUUCACCCACGACAACGGAAUGCUUCCUAUCUACACCGCUCUGGGUCUGUACAACGGCACCAAGCCCCUCCCUCUCGACCACAUCCAGUCUGCUAGUGACGCUGACGGACUGACCACCGGCUGGACUGUCAGCUUCGCUGCCCGCGCUUACAUCGAGAUGAUGCAGUGUGGCCGUGACCCCGAGCCCCUCGUGCGCGCCAUCGUUAACGACCGUGUUGUUCCCCUCCACGGUUGCAACGCUGACAAGCUUGGUCGCUGCCGCCGUCGCGACUUCAUCAAGGGUCUCAGCUACGCCCGCGCCGGCGGUGACUGGGACAAGUGCUACGAGUAA